CAACGCUGUGAUACUAGCAACGUGUUUGCGAGUCCCGAAUACUUUUAGGUCGAUGUUACGCGAUUUUCGCGCGCAAUUCGGACUUCAGAUUUGACAUGAAUGUGUCCAGAUGUAUAACAGUUUAUUCCAAGCACUGAUAUUCAAAGAAAAGUGUAAAUAUUAGUGAUUUAAGUGAAUGUGUAAUAUAAUAUAUUAUUGUACAUAAUAGUGUUUAGUGAUUACGGGUGGCCAGAGCGUAAUAUUGAAAAAAUCUUCCACUGAAAAAGAUUCACUGCAUUAAAGGCUGCCCUGCUUCAGGAGAGAGGAGGAGAGGAUGUGCAGCAGAAGGUGAGGGCGCCGUGAGUGACCGGUGACCAUGGCAGAAGAGAAGAAGAAGGACGGAACCCAACUCCUGAGCAAAAAGAAGAAAGUCAAACCGCGAAAAUCUAGAGACGCAGACUGCUGCAGUGUAAACUUUCUAAAAUGUGUUCUGCACAUAUUCAAUGUGGUGUUUAUGUUUGCAGGCAUAGGCGUGCUAUGCGUCGGUGCGUGGACGGUGUCGUCGCGGCACCGCUACGUGCCGCUGCUGCCAUCGCCGACGUAUCCGGCCAUCGCGUACCUGCUGAUCGCCGCCGGCGCCGCCGGCCUGCCGCUGGCCGCGCUCGGCUGCUGCGGCCUCAAGACUGAGAACAGAACCAGUUUACUCUGUUACACAUACUUCCUUCUCAUAACGUUCUUCCUGGAGGCGGGCGCGGGCGCGCUGGCGUACUACUACGAGGUGGAAGUGGAGCCCGAGCUCAAGGCCGGCCUCAACUCCACCUUCGUCAGCAACUACGCGCUCGACACCGUCGUCACCGCCGCCGUGGACCACAUGCAGACUGAAUUUAAAUGCUGUGGCGCAGUGGACUACAAAGACUGGCGGCGGAGCAUAUGGCACGAGUACGACCCUGAGCUCCUAGUCCCGGACUCAUGCUGCAAGACCGUCACGCCGCGCUGCGGGGCGCGCGACCAUCCUUCCAACAUUUACUAUACGGGCUGCGUCCGCCACUUCAUAAUCCACAUCCGCGAGCACCUGAUCAUCCUAGCCGCGGUGGGCGUGGGCAUGUCCGUGAUCCCGCUGUUCGGGUUCCUGUUCGCUUGUGUCCUGUACGUCAAGAUCAAGCACGUGGUCGACUGACCGAGGCCUAAGCCCUCGUCCGCCAACACCCGCAAGAGUAACGUUUCCAAGUGGCAGGUGUUCGACAAGUCGGCCUCCGUGGGCGACCUGUCCCGCGCCGGACGAGGCCCGCGCCCGCUGCCGCGGCCGCGCGCGCGCGCGCGCCCCCUGCGCCCGCCGCCACCACGAGGCCCCGCGCACGCAGCCUGCGCCGCGCGCCCUGCCCGCUGCACCCCGACCGCCAGAAGGACGACUUGCCGCCCGUGCCCAUAGCCACUAUAAGCGACAACGUUAGUAUAUAGACGUAGCCGUUAAACUCGGGAACCGGACGUCGCUCCGUCGCCCUCGAGAAGAACCGCCCGCCGCUAUUAGCUCCGUAUGUGGGUAGUACGCUAAUGCCAUAGGAACGGAUGACGGCGAGCUAAAUUAAUAGGUACUGUGGAAACAAAACUACGAAAGUUUAUUUUUUCACCUGGGUGGAGUCCGUUGCGAAAAAAAAAUGUUAAACUAUUAGUAGUUAUGUAUGCGUAUAUUGCAUAUUACCUAUUCAAAUACAUAGAUAAAGAUAACCAAACGCACCGCAAUCUUCUAAGUGGCCGCCUCGUAAGUUACCUGUUAUAUUCUAUUAAUUUUAUACUAUGUUCGUUUACGUUACGUUUUAUGUUACGUUUUGUUUUAUAUACGACUAUACCUGGAAGGAUUAAAGUUUAUUCUUUCUA